AAACCCCAAAUGCGGCCGAUGAUAGCCGAAUAUGAUCCCAAGAAAAAAGGAGUCAGAAAUGACUUAUCAGAUGUCGUUAUGGUCAAGUAAGUGAAUCUGUUUCAUGCAAUUGUUCGAGAAUUCAUUUAAUAACAGAAGGAUCAUCGACCAGCUUGGAUUGCCUCUGUGUUGUCAAUAAUUUACUUCAAAUAAUCAGUAAUCGAUAAUGCCACAUCUGAUUUAAUUUUGAUUUACUGCAUAGUACCUAUUUAGAGAUGAAAUCAACAUAAAAAGCAUGCUUCACAGCUUGUAACAUCAUUUUUUUGUUCAACAUUCACUUUGAUUGUGAAAUAUCGAUUAAGUCGUUAAACUAAUAAUAUUGACAUUUUUGUUCAACAGGAAAUUGAAAAGAAAAAAACAUAAAUAGUUUUCUUUUAUAAAAGCUAAAGCUAACAUCGUAUCGUUAAAAUUUAGAGAUUAUUGCGCUCUUAGGAGUGCGGCGAGGGCCUCUGCCUGAGCUUUGAAACAUAAUCAAUAUUUAUUGAAAAAUGUUUUGACGUGGUAUUUUAUAUUGUAUGUUGACUGUUAAGUACUUGCUCCUUUAACGAGCUAAUAAAGCUCGACGCCGUUCGGAGACGAUCCGGGAAGACGUGUGCUGCUUCCACGAGAUUAAAGUCGUUCGACGACCUUGAUCAUCUUGCAAUGGACUCAUACACCGGUACAAAGUUGACCCAAAUGAGAUCCCAGUGGAACAACAGGCUGGAUCUACUCUCCCACUUAUGGAGAUACCAGGCCGUGAUAUUGAGGCUGAUGAGGAUUAUAAUCCAUUCGACCACAGAAAACUCGCACAUCCCACAUCGGACAUGGACACACUUGUCCAUUUGUUGAAGGGAUCUCUGGGCAGCGGUAUUUUGGCAAUGCCUGUAGCAUUUCGUAGUGCUGGUUUAUUCUUUGGUCUGGUGGCCACAUUCGCUAUAGGUGGCAUAUGCACGUAUUGUGUGCAUAUCCUGGUAAAGACUGCUCAUGAACUAUGCAGAAGAAUGCAAAAACCAUCUCUUGGCUUUGCAGAGACGGCAGAAGCUGCGUUUCUUUCUGGACCUCCGGCUGUGCACAAAUUUUCCCGGCUAGCUAGGGCUAUGGUCAACUGGUUCCUGGUGGUCGAUUUGCUUGGUUGCUGCUGCGUAUAUAUCGUAUUCGUCUCUAAAAACGUCAAGCAAGUGGUUGACUUCUAUACAAUAGGUUCCGAUUAUCAUGAUAUACCUCUCCGAGUUUACAUGGCAGCACUAUUACCUUUACUUAUUUUGAUGAACCUUCUAAGAAACUUGAAAUAUUUGGCACCAUUCUCUAUGAUCGCUAACCUUCUUGUCGGCACCGGAAUGGGAAUUACUUUUUACUAUUUAUUCCAAGACAUUCCAAGCAUACAUGAAAGGUACCCCUUCACUGGUUUUGAGAAACUACCAACUUUCUUUGGUACUGCUAUUUUCGCUUUAGAAGGAAUUGGUGUGGUCAUGCCUCUUGAAAACAACAUGAAGACCCCGACACAUUUCAUCGGAUGUCCUGGUGUCCUCAAUACCGGCAUGUUCUUUGUGGUUUCCCUGUACGCGUUUGUUGGAUUCUUUGGAUAUUUGAAAUAUGGAGAAAACACUGAAAGCAGCAUCACGCUAAAUCUUCCACAAGACGAAAUAUUGGGUCAGUCUGUGAAGUUGAUGAUUGCUGUGGCUAUAUUCUUCACCUACAGCUUACAGUUUUACGUGCCAAUGGAGAUCAUCUGGAAAAACGUUCGUCACAGGUUCGGGGCAAAGAAGAAUUUUGCUGAAUACAGUAUUAGGAUUGCAUUAAUUGUGAUGACGCUUUGCAUUGCCAUUGCUAUUCCGAACUUAGGUCCUUUUAUCUCCUUGGUUGGUGCCGUCUGUCUCUCUUUCCUUGGCCUCAUAUUUCCCUCAAUUAUCGAAACUGUCACAUUUUGGGAUCGACCAAAUGGUCUAGGCCGUUUUAACUGGGUGCUCUGGAAAAAUAUAUUCCUUGUAUGUUUUGGAAUUCUUGGUUUCAUAACAGGCGCCUAUGUCAGUAUUUUGGAUAUUAUACAUGGUGCCGAUUAAUAAGUAUUUCGCAAAACUAAUUCAUAAGUAUACGGCGGAAUGCAGUAGAGAAAAACAUAAGAUAUAAUGGCUAAGAUUUUAUAAUUAAUUCUCUUUUAGUUUUAUACAUUUUAAAUAAAUGAAAUCUGAUGUUAAAUUUAUAUAAUUUGAGUUUCCAUAAUCCUCACUAAUGAGAUUAAUAUUACCUAUAAUAAGGUUUUAUUUCAAAACGGUAUAUUUUGUGUAUAGUCAAUUUAAUUUCUCAUUUUUAUUAUUUACCCCGAAACUCUGUAGCCAUUUAGAAAUAAGGAAUCUAAUUAUUAAAAUGUGUGAGAAUUUUUCUAGUGCAUUAUUUAAAUGUGAUACAAUUUAGGUUAAUAAAAAGGCAUUGAAACUGUUAUUUAUAAGAAAAAGUAGAUUUCAAAAAAAAGUUUGUUUUAAAAUAAGGCAAUAUUAUAAUGUGUAAGUUUUAGCAUGUCAUUGGACCACGUUUAGGCUUGUUUUGCUUUUUAAAUGAUUUGUGUUACAAUUUUGGGGUUUAAUAAGUAGAAGCACCGUGAUAUGACAUAAGCAUUUUCAUUACCAAAAAAAAUUUACUUAGUAUAGAUUUUCAUAUCGAGCUUGUUUUGAAAAAAAAUGUUAUAUAAAGCAUUUAAACUUGUAGGUUAUACCAAACUGUGAAUAGACUCACAUAUGAUCUUUUCUGAAGAUCAUUAUAAAUAUAUUGCGAAUAAUUAGAGAAAAAUUUUGUAUUCAAAAAUGUUAAAUAGUUACUAUUAAUUAUAGUGAUCGUAAAACAAAAUUACUUGAGCUGGCUUGAUUUGAAUUUAUUUUUUUAUUGCUUCUUUGUCGUGAAUCGAGGUCCAACGAACUCUAAUUAUCAAAUCAAGCUCAGCUGUACGUUAAAUUGAGUUACAAGACUGGUUUUGUCUUUGGUGAAAAAUUAUUAAUUUGUCACAAAACAUCUUCUGCCGUAGGUACAUUGUAAUAAAGAAACAAUUCUCUCGUAGUUUAAAUAUCACGUAAUGUUCCUUUCAUGAGAGUCAGGUUCUGAUAUUUAUUGUAAAGCAUCAGUUUGAAUGAAUGUGAUGAGAAAAUUGUUUAGAUAUUUUAAUUACGUAAGAUAUAAGCCAUCAUGAAUCAUUUAUUAUAUUAGAAUGAUAGAAAUCGAAUGCAGGCCCUUUUGCCUGGUUCCGUUAUUAUCAUUCUUUAGUGUUAGGUAAGUUUUUGGACAAAAUUAAUUCAAUGUUCGGCCCUAAGACGGCAUUGAGCAUUGUAUUGUGUUUUCAUCAAAUAUAUAUAAUUAUAAAUGUUAUAGCUACAUAUAUUGAAAAGCAUGUAGUGUUUAAAUAAUGAUUUAUACAUAAUUUAAUAAAACGUAUAAAAUAAGCUAUUUGUUUGACAUGAGAAAGUGUCCUUACCAAAAUACAUGUCACAAAAUAUAUGUGUGACAUGUAUGUUAGUGGGAAGGGGGGUUAACCUGGGAGAUAUGCUAUCUUUAUUUGUCCGACCUCGUAGAAACACGGUGACAUUUUGUUGGUUUUAUAUAUAACUAAAAAUAUCUAUAUUUUUUUAAAUAAAUCAAUUGACUAAACGAUGAAUUGUUUAUUAGAAUAUUAUUGGAUCUGUCUACAACAUUGGAAACAUAAUGUAUUUUAAUAUAAUAAUCCUUUCUAAAUAAUGUGGUAUAUACUUAUUUUUCGGAAUUAUUAAAGAGUUUCAAACAAAGGCACGCACUGUGUGCGCUUAUGAACUUCGUUAAAAUUUCGUACAGAGGGGAAGCAUUCCUACAUUGUUAUACAUUGUAAUGGUAGGUAUUAUGUACCGACCUACUUAUUUUAGAUAGUGAUGGUUGUUUUGUUACAGUAUUAAAUAGUUUGGAACUAAGGA